GUUAAAUGGUGCGAUGAUCGCGAUGUUGAGAGUGUUUUUUUGCAGCCUCCGCCGUUUAAGUAUCCUGAGUGUCAGUGUGGUGCUGGAGUGUGUAAAAGGGAGAAGGCAACAUCACAGAACAAAUACUAUUUUGUUUGCCCUAUAUUAAACAGGGCCAAGGAUCUUGCGGUUACAAGGUGUGGGAGGAUGAGCUGCUACAUAAUAAUAAAAGCCCUGUGCAGCAAAGCUUAAGCUGUAAAAUAACUCUUAAUGGUUUUGGGGAAGGUGACCAAAAUGAUCAAGAUUUGGAUGAGGAUGGUAAGUUGCUAGUAAAUCAUUCCAAAAAGAUGAGAAUCAUGGACAGUUCUGAGGAUCCAACAUCGAUGGUUGUACCCGACGCUGAGCUUUCACAGAGUGAAGAUGAAGUACUAGAGAAAGCAUCGCCAUUAUCUUGCCUAUCAGAAUCAACACUUUCAACUAUCGGUGGUCAACAGCAUGUGUUUCCAAGGCACAUUUUUGCUGAUGUUGGUGCUGAUCCAUCAUUUGGCUCUUGUCCAUUGGGUUGGUUAGGUGGCCAAUUCAGUCUAUCACAAAACUUGAAAUCACCUUCACCUCAGUCAAUUUUCUGUUGUGGUUUCCCAUCCUUUAAUCCCAUAGAUGUCCCAAAACAAUCAAGUAUUACUAAUGUUCCUUGUGGUGAACAUAGCCAGCUUGAUGUUAUUGGUCUCAGUCAACAAACCCAACUUUCAAGCAGUGAAAGAAAAUUAAUGUCAAGGACACAAAGGCAAAGACAAAUGGCCUUUGCUGUAGAACAGCAGCUCCUAAUUGAUCUAGCAACCUUGGAGCCUCACGAGCAUGAGUCCAUGAAAGAGGCAGCACAAGACACUUUUGCUAUAUCAGACAACUUGGGUGCAAAUGACACAAUUUUCUGAGCAUGUUUUGGAUUUCAUAAACCACUCAUCAUCGGUUGCUCAAAUGACUAAAUCUAUCGAGUGUCUUGAGAAGGACAACAAACGUCUUGAAGACGAGAAUGCCAAACUGGCUCACAUUCGCGACCUCUAUGCCAAGAUUCAUUACUUAUCAUUUACCGCUUCCUACACGUCAUUCUCCUUAAUAUUAUAGAAUUGGGAAAGCGUUUUUAUUCCAUUCCAAUGGGGAUGAAGAAGGCGACGAUGGAUCACGUGCUGCUAGCGUCGCAGGAGACGAAGGAAACACGUGAGGUGCGGAUUCGGAGCCUCUUCGAUUUCUUCGACAGAGAGAAUCUCGGGUUCUUGGACUACUCCCACAUUGAAGCGGGUCUCUCGGCGCUUCAGAUUCCGUCAGAGUAUAAGUACGCCAAAGAUUUGUUGAACGCUUGCGAUGCCAACAAGGAUGGGAGAGUGGAUUUCCAGGAGUUCAGGAAGUAUAUGGACGACAAGGAACUUGAGCUUUAUCGCAUUUUUCAGGCCAUUGAUGUUGCGCAUAAUGGGUGCAUUUUGCCCGAGGAGCUUUGGGAGGCGCUUGUGAGAGCAGGAAUUAAGAUUGAUGAUGAAGAACUCGCCCGUUUUGUUGAGCGUGUUGAUAAGGAUAAUAAUGGUGUUAUAACAUUUGAAGAAUGGAGGGAUUUUCUGCUGCUUUACCCUCAUGAGGCAACCAUUGAGAACAUUUACCAUUAUUUGGAGCGGAUAUGUGUGGUUGAUAUAGGGGAACAGACUGUUAUUCCAGCAGGUAUUGGUAAGCACAUUCAUGCAAGCAGGUAUCUGAUUGCAGGAGGAGUAGCAGGUGCAGCGUCACGCACAGCAACUGCACCCCUUGACCGUCUAAAGGUGGUAUUGCAAAUCCAAACAACACAAUCUCAUAUAAUGCCUGCAAUUAAAGAUAUUUGGAAAAAGGGUGGUUUGUUAGGAUUUUUUCGAGGCAAUGGCUUAAAUGUUCUUAAGGUGGCCCCUGAGAGUGCCAUUAGAUUUUAUAGCUAUGAGAUGCUGAAGAGCUUCAUUACGAGAGCCAAAGGGGAUGAGGCAAAGGCUGCUAAUAUUGGAGCUAUGGGGCGGCUGCUAGCUGGUGGUAUUGCUGGCGCUGUAGCUCAAACUGCAAUAUAUCCCAUGGAUCUUGUUAAAACAAGACUACAAACCCAUGCUUGUAAAAGUGGAAGAAUUCCUAGUCUUGGAACCCUUUCAAAAGAUAUAUGGGUUCAGGAAGGACCCCGGGCAUUUUAUAGGGGAUUGAUUCCUUCUCUUCUUGGGAUUAUCCCUUAUGCCGGCAUAGAUCUUGCUGCAUAUGAAACCUUGAAGGAUAUGUCCAAGCAGUAUAUUCUUCAUGAUGGAGAACCUGGUCCUCUAGUACAAUUAGGAUGUGGAACUGUAUCUGGAACUCUUGGAGCAACAUGUGUUUACCCGCUGCAGGUGGUUAGAACAAGAAUGCAGGCUCAACGCUCAUAUAAGGGAAUGGCUGAUGUAUUCAGGAAAACCCUUGAACAUGAAGGUUUGAGGGGGUUCUACAAAGGAAUAUUUCCUAACUUACUCAAAGUUGUACCGUCAGCAAGCAUCACCUACAUGGUUUAUGAGUCUAUGAAAAAAAGUUUGGAUUUGGAGUGAAGAAAUUUACUGCUUGGUAAUUAAUCUUAUUGACAUGGCUGACCGUUGGCACAACUAUACAUUGGAAAUGGUUUUGCAAUGUAGACAUUGAUGACAAGAAUAAAGUCUACAAAUACAAUUGAUUAUUGUGACAAUUGUCUAAAUUCAUUCUUAUUUAAAUAGCAUUAAAUUCUUCAAAAUUCUUGAGGACAAAAUUGGUUUGUCCCGCAUGGUGUUUCAUUAAACUGAUAUGAAGCUUCAUACCAAUUAGCUGAAGUUUUGUAUGAUAGAGAAGCACACUAUACUCGGUUAGGAUCCGAUUUUGUAGUUGUACUUUGUCAUAUUUAGUGGCUCAGAUUGAUCGUCUUACUCUUAAUAGUAAUACUUAUAUUUGUUUAACUUGUCAUGCCCCUUUA